AUGGUGCAAAGCGAUCAAGAAAAGUUCGCAGGAAAUUACCGUCAAUUAUUUGAUACAAUUGAAAGAGGUGUUGAACAAUGCUCUACUGAUCGUCUUCAAACUCUUUUAGAAGAGAAAAAAAAUCAAUUAAAACUGGGUUUAGAAGCCUUCAGUGAACCUUCUACUCAAGCUCGGUCUAAAUUAAACACCGGCUCUAGUAUUACGGUUGAUGGAAAAACGAUCAAGUUGGAUCAAAACGAAAAAGAUUUAAUUAUUAAAUUGUCAGACAUCCUUAACUUAAACGAACUCCAAUGCGCAUCACUUUGGGACAUUUACAGACAAGCAAAUAAAAACACUUUGUCACAAUUAAAUAAUGAUAACAAUGAGCAGCAAAAAGUAGAAUUACGCGAAAAUAUUCAACUUAUAAUGAAUGUAAUUAACUUCUAUUUCGAAGAACGUAUCGCAUUAUUAGAAUGUAUUGGAUCUUUGCAACGUAUAUCCCUUGAUAAUGAUCAUCCUUACUCAUUUAUAGCCAAUGAUGCAAUUAAAAAGCUACAAGAUGUUGAUAAUACAAGGCCAUUCGCUGAACGUCUUUUUUCACAGUACUCAAAAUUGGUUCGAAAGAAUAUCUUUAGUAAAACGCAAUUUUUUUCUGGUUGGGCCCUUAUUUUAUCAAAACAGAUUUUAAAGGAACAGAAGUCUUUAUUGGAUAUUAUUUUUCUUUUUAGUUUAACAGAAUCUUUUUCAACUGAAUUUAUUUUAUCAAUUAUUAAGGAAUUUGAAGCUGAUAGUUUUGGACAACUUCAAGCUUUUGGUUAUGUUCUCGAUGAAGAAGGUGUAAUGUUACGUGAAAGAGUCAGCAGUAUUUGUAUUUUACUUUCAGCUAAUAUUAUUGUGCCAUCAACACUUAAUAUUGAUGUACAUUUGAAUCCUUCUGCUACUGAACAAUCUUUAAUUAAUUCACCCAAUAUUAUUGCUAAAAUUAAUCAAGUUGCCGCUUAUCUUGGUGAUAGACAAGAACAUUCUGUUUUCUUGUUAGCUUGGUCGUUUUUCCUUACUUGUAUUGAUUCUGCUAUCAACAAUGAGCAGACUCCUCCCACAAAUUAUGUUGAAAUAGUCAAUCUUCUAGAAGGAAAACAAAAUAUCUCAACGGAUAUUUUAAUCGAUAGACCAAUUGUCAAUGGUGCAGCAUUUGAUGUGUCCACACAAAGAACAAUUUCUAUCAAACAGGCUCCUCAAUUAGAUCGCAUUCUUUUAGGUCGCUCUCUGAAACUAAAUGUUUUUAACGUAAUUUCUAGUAUUUUGGAAAGUGAUGUUUGUAGUGAAGAAGAUGUAAACUGUUUGGGUUAUAGAUCUGUGUUAUGCACCUUACUCAAGUCGUUUUUAUCAGUUACACGCCCUUAUUUUAUACCUCCUGAAAGUUAUAGUAGUUUGAUUAACGCAUAUUGUCUCCUUUACCAAAAUCAGCCUGAACUUUGUACUAUGUUUUGGACUAAGGAUUUUAAUAGAAAAAAUCCUUCAUCAUUGCUCGCUACGGCCCGUGGCAGAUUUCCUGUCUUUUUUACCGAUUUUACUCGACUUUUAGCUUCCUUAGCAGGUGUGCCGAAUGAAGAUGCAAGUAUGAAUAAUGGAAUAUCAGCAACCUCUGUAUACGAAUAUCUAUGUGAAAUUCCUUCUAUAACUGUUGUAUUAGGAUCAUCCAUUGAUGUUACAGCUUGUGAAGAGAACGGAGAAGUAGUGACAUAUGCUAAUCAACCUAUACGUGUAACUCAUCAAUUGGAUUCAGUGUCCAGCGUCGUUAUUCCUCAAGGUACUCGUGGGUUAUUCUUAAAUACUUCAGACGAUCAGCAUGUUAUUCAAUAUGAUUAUCAUUAUUCGGGUUGGCAUAUGUUGAUCUCAGUUUUGGCCAGCUUUAUUACAGCAAAUCUCAAUAGUACAAUUGAUAUACAAGAUGAUGAAAAUAAUAUUCAAGGGAAGAAUUUAGAGGCUAUUAACAGCAUUCUAGAAUUGAUUUAUAGUGUACUAUCCAGUAAUCCUAAAUUAGCUACUACUUUAGUGGAUCAUAUUGAAAUGACUGCUAGAACUGCUGAUGACUCUACUGGUAUGCCUAUUCUUAUUUCUAUUCUUUGUCAAACUCUUAAUUACUGUAGCACUAUAAAACCAUAUCCCAUUCCUAUUUUAACUCUGGUUUUAAGAUGCUUGACACUAUUGCUUCCUCAUUAUCGUAAUCAUAUCUGGUCUUAUUUAAAGAUUGCUCCUAUCUUACCAACUACUAAUACUAGUUUUAUAAAGUUUGUAUCCUCAUCUUAUAAAUCUAGUACAUCUGCACAAAUAUUGGAAAUUGUCUCAAAAGUCGAAUGUAAUGCUGGACGCUACCCAGUAUUAUUAGCGUUUUUAGAUUUAGUUCAAGCACUUGUACGUGAUAUUCAGCGUGAUUGGUGGAUUCAAGAGAACAAUGAAGAUGUAUCUUUGCUUAAUCGCCAAUACCAGGUUGAAGUUUUAUAUGUUUGUUUAUAUUAUAUCAUGUCAGAUGUCUUCCCGUCUUAUUCACAUUGGCGUUAUAAGAAGCUCUCUGAACGCUUUUUAAUUGGUAUCAAAAUACUUUCAAUACUUAUUGAAAUUGUUCGUGACUUUAAAGAACCUGUUACAUCAAAUAUGAAAUUGUCAUUAAAUAGUAUUCGUGAAGGUGUCUUCAACAACUUUUUGUAUGAAGGAGGUGUAUAUCAUAUUUCGCCCUUGGUGAAUAUCAUUUCUGAUGGUGCUGUAACUGCUAAUACUUUGUAUAAGGCAAAUCAUCCGAAGGAAGCACAACGUAUUGAAAAAUUAACUGAAUUGACCCUUAUAUUUGUCAAGAUUUUGUUGCAACAUCGACUACAGCAAAUUAAGUCAGGAACCGUUGUAACUGAGAGUAUACUCGAACGUUUGUUACUGGAGCGUAGCACAGGCGGCAAUUCUUCUGACUUCUUAUUACGUGUUGCUAGACACAUUCAAUAUCAUCACACUAUUUCUUUACCUAUUCAGGCUACUUAUGUAUUAUCACUUUUAUGUCGUACUAUUUCUACUUGGAAGAAUGUUCCAAAUUUUGUACAAUACUUUGGUGGUACAGAUCAAGUUCAUGCCAUUAUUCGAACUUAUCUCGAAAAAGCCAAAGAUGCUAAUCAGAAUGAAGUUUUAUUGACUUCUAUCUGGCAAUUAAUAACUGUACUGUUGGAGACUCAACCUAGUUUAGCAAUUCUCUUUUUAGAUUGUGGUGAUUUCAUUAUGCCUAGCCCCAAGUCUGCUGUUCGUCUUUUGUCUAAUGAAAAUAAAUCAAAUUCUAGUGCUAUUUCCACAAAUUCAGUUGAUUCUGCUAUUCGUGCCGCUGUCGAUAUUUUAGGGCAAUGGGAAACUCUCUUGAUCGAGAAGCCCACUGUUAUGUCUAAUGUUUUGCGUUUCCUUGCCACUUUUUGGAAAACAGCAUUUGAUCAUUAUGCUCUUGUAGAACGUACUCGUGUAGAUAGUGCCAUUUGGGAUAUCUUUGACAAAGUUUUAUUCAACCCAUCAUGUGAAACUGACAUUACAGCUGACCAUAUUCAAUCCCUUGAUAUAAUUACAGGUACAGAUGUUGAUAAACAUCUUGACACUCAUGUACGUCGAUUAUGUUGUUUAAAUCUCAGCAAAGCUUUUAUCAUGCGUAUCAUUGCUUACGAAGUUCACCUAACAGCCAGCAAUACUCUGAAGGAUAGCUCUGACGUUUCUCAAAAACUUCCUGCUGGUCUUAAAAACUUAAUCAUCAAGAUUAGUGAGACUAACAAACUUUUAUCAUUACGUGAUUCUUUUGUCAAGAAUGAUUUUAAUCCCGCUACAAUACGUGCUGCUGAAGCAUCCGCGGAGAUGCUUUUACAAACAAUCGGUGUUGAUCAUCCUGAAAAUAUUCUUGUAAAAAUGGCUCGAAUUGGUUUUGCUGAUGAUGAUGCAGCAGGAGAGGCUCGUCAAUAUGGCGAUUCGUACUUGUAUGACUAUCAUCUUGCAAGCACCCGAGUUUAUUCCCUGUAUAAAGAUAUCGAAAGCAAGCAUGAAGAUGUUAAUUAUAACAGUGUUGUUUUAACCCCUGAUGUUCAAGCUGUGUUGGAACUCAAACAGUUCGCUAACCAAUUCCUUCAGAAUACACUUUUGGCUAACCAUAAUAGCUCAAUUGUUGACUCACAAAUCAUUUUGUUGCGUUCAUUUAAAUCCUUUAUUGAAACUUGCUCUAGACGUGUUAAUGAUUUGAUUUGGACUCAAAAGGAUACCCGCAAUAGCAACCUUUUCAACUUCAUAAAGAGACUCAUCGGCUCUGCUCAACAAGAAACUCGUGAUGAUGGCGUCACUUUAACUUCUUAUAGUAUUUUGAUUCAAUUUAUUCGAAACUUAAUUGAAGAUUGGAUCAAUGCGAAUAGUGGUGUUGUAACUGGAAAUGACACAAAUGCUCGUAAAGAGUAUAAAAAUAAGACUUAUGAGCUUCUUUCUGCCUUGUGUAGUUUAUUAGAUCGUGAAAACUAUGCUUUAUUUAAUAGUAUAUGUGAUACUACCGCUAUUCGUUUCCAUAGACCAUUAUUAGAAUCUAUUAUGCUUUGUCUUCGUACACUCAAUGGUACAAUUGAAGAUCUUUCACCUUUUUCAAGUAGUGGCUUGGAAUUUGAAUCUUGCUUAUCUAGUCUUUUAACAGUUGUCUGCUCAAGUUUCCAUGUACUAGUUAUCAAGGCUGGUUCUUAUAGUGCUGCUACAUCACUUGUCAGUGAAGAGGUUUUAGAAAGUUGUAUCAAGGAUGUAACUAUUGUGAUAUCUCUCAUAGAAGAAAUGAUUAGUCCAAAAUAUAAGUUUUCACCAGACAUUUGGCUUGAGAUCUUUGAAAAAUCAAAUACAAUCCCUUCUUUACUAUCACUUUUUUAUAAUGGUGUAGAAAUUGUUGUAAAGGAAAUUAAUAGUCAAAUAUCCCAUUUAAAUGGUAUCUCUAGUAUUAGUAUUACACCCUAUGCUGAAUCUGCAUUGUACUUGUUGCUUGCAUUAUCCAAUAUUCCAAAGGCGGCCGAAAAACUUGUCAAACAUAGCAUUUUCGACUCACUUUGUAAUAAUCUUCUUUCAACACAAUUACAGCAAGGAGCAUUGGAUUUAUUUAUUCGAUUUGGUGAUAGUAACAAAAAUGGACCUAAUUACGUAGAACGCAACCCUCUUCAUUUAAUUUGGUGCCAAAUUCUAGCUGUAGUCAAUAAUAUUAUACGCACCAUUGGCAAUUCUGAAAUUGUCUUACAAAAUACUAUUAAUUUUAUUCAAAUGUAUGGUCCACAAAUAAGUAGAGCUUUCAAGAACGCAGAAGGAGCUAAUGAUUCAAUCUUUGGAUUAUCAGCAACUGAAUCAUUGGCAUCACCAUUAUUAGAGGAAAUCGAACGAAUUACGAUGAUAUUCUUUGGAUUAGCUAAAUACUUGGAAAGAUUACCCAAUACGGCUACUGGUUUAUUCUGGGCCUUUAAGGAAUGUUCGUUAACAACUCUGCAACGAUUCCUUUAUUUCUUCACCCAUCCUUCACAUAUGCAAGCGCAAUUGUAUCCUGUAGAUAAUAUUGAACGUCAACAAGCACACACUUUUGUUUCUCCUGAAUCAGAGGAUACCACUCCCUCACUAUUAACUACCUCUGAUAAUAAGAGUGAAUCAAAAUUGCGUAUAAGUCAAUUAAUGCAGAAGAUUAUCAAGUCUACAAUGAUUAUUAUACAUUAUAUGCUCAGCACUCUAAUUGUCAUAACACAUACAGAUGUCGUCUUGACUUCAAACGUCACAGAAUGGCCAUUUGGAAAUGCAUUCCUCUAUCCAGAUAUGCGAAUGACUGUAAGCACAAAGGCUUCUUUGGGUACACUAACAGAAUGUAUGAAUGUAUGUAUUAUGAUGAUUGGACAAUGGCAGGAUAUCAAGGAUUACCCUAUUCAAGAAUUAUUAGACGUUGUUCAAGAUUGUGCUUUACUGCUGACAACUCAAAUUGCACUCUGGGUUACUAAACCUGAUCUUUCAGCAGAAACAAGGGUUGAGAUUGCUCAAGAAAAUAUUCUAGACAUUACUGAAUCAAUAAAUAAAAUAGGAACUUCAUUAAGCAAAUUACAAGAAGAUAAGAAACUCAAGAAUAUCAAGCCAAAACUCAAACUGAUACAUAUGCUACAAAACUUUUUAGGAGAUCGCUAUUUUGAGAAGUCAUAA